GUGACCCAACGCCCUCGCUUCCGCCCGGCCCCGGCCGGCUCGAGGCCUCGAGCAGGCGCCGCGCCGCGCCGUGCGGCCACGACCGCGUCCAACUUCCAUGUAGAAAACUAACUCCUCCAAAUGCCCCCGUCACGUCGCGCGUAUAGCCCCACGCGCUGCCUCGCGUCGCCCGCCUCGUCGACGCCAAGGCAACGACGACGACCAUGUCGUCGCGGGCGGCAGCAACCGCGGCCGCUCCGCGCGGAGCCGAGGGCGCGGCGGGGAUGACGGACCACCUGUGGGCGAAGGCGGCCGAGCUGGAGCGGGAUUUCGCCGGGUACAAGCGCCGGCUCGCCGAGAGGAGGGCGCAGACCGCCGCCGAGGUCGCCGGUGGCCGCGCCGAGGACGCCGAGGAGGAGCGCCGCGGCGGGGACGAUGCGGCGGCCGGGAGGGGCCGGAGGUACGAGGAGUACGUGAGGAGGAGGGAUGAGCGGCUGCGCCAGGAGUGGCGCGCGCGCAUGGAGCGCAAGGAGGCCGAGAUGCAGGCGCUCUGGGCGCGCCUCGACCGCGCCGGCUCGCGCGGCCGGCGCGGCGGCGAGCUCGCGGCCGCCAGUAGCAACGCUGGAGAGGAUCAUGGUAAUCUGCGGCAAAAGCCCGGGAACCUUGAGGUGAAAGUGAGACCAACCGCCCCUGUCACGCCAAGGUGCAGCGUGCCAUCGUCACCUGCAACGAAGCUCUCGCGUCCGCGGACCAGCGUGCCAUCGUCACCGGCGGCGGCGGCGGCCAGCCCGAGGCUGUCCACCCCUGACCCCAGGCGGCGUCCGUCGCACCUGCACCGGGAGCAACCGCAGGCGGCGGAGCCACCCGCCACGCCAAGGAAGGAGAACAGGUUGCCGCCGUCCACCGCGACGGCGGCAUCGCCCGCGACGCCGAGGCCGAGGACGAUGCUGUCACGGAGCAGGAGCUUGUUCAAGGACCGCGGGUCCUCGGCCGCCACCGCCAGGGAGAGCCUCAGGCCGCCGCAGCUCCAGCCCCCUCGGUUGAGCUAUGACAGUGCCAGCAACGCCAGAGAACCGGCGCCGUUGCCACCGCACGCCGACGCCAUUGCCGUGACGCGGAGCAAUUCCUGUUCUAAUUCCAAUGGACAAGCUGUUCUCGCCGAUCUCAAGAAGGCUUCUGCCGUUGCUCCCGAGCCGUUUCGUCUUGGGAGAUCAGGCAAUGGCAGUGUCGAGACAGUGUCGCCGCCUCAGGUGAUUCCGAGGGACGAACCUGACAGCAGCGAGGCUGCUCCGGCUCGUGAUGGAAAUGCUGACAACGAGAGCAACCACGAACACGUCGAUCAAUCGUCAAACAAGGUCGGGAGUGUAGAGAUCACUGGCGACUCUGACACCGAGCCGAGCUACGUGUACAUCAAGAAGGACACUGGUGAGCAAACUCCGAGGCCCUGUCAGGCAUCGGCUGGUCUGGGGACAUGUCCAGGGGCCGAAGAACCACGGUCUGACAGCAAGGACAGCGACGACAAUGCCGACGACACCAUGGAAUCAACUGGCAGCAACGACGUCGCCGGAGAAACCCCGGUGACUGACGCAGAAGACGCCUCCCGGAGGGAGAGCUCGGAAUCUCUGUACUCAAACGUUCAGUCUUCGUUCUCCCCAAGAUCAGAGCUAGACACAUCGGCCGCCGAUUCCCCGCUCCCCAGCGCCACCGAGCAAUCGCCGGAGUCCUACGCUUCACCGCGGCCAAGGAUGAAACCUGAAGUGGAGGGUGCCGAGAAGAGCAUGCCGAUCCCAACCACCCCGAGGAGCAGCGUUACGGUUUCCAUCACCGUGCAGUCACCGAUGGACGCGGUGACCGGGCUCAAGCGGUUCCUGAGCUUCGGCAAGAAGAACGGCAAGGGGAGUGAGGCUCCUACCGCCGCUGUUGUUGAGCGCUCUCCGCGUUCCACGGCCCCUUCCACUCCGCCUGGUGAUGGCUGCAUGAGUGGAGAGUGGUCGGCAGGUGAUUCCGUCAAGGGGCGAUUGGACUCCUCCGAUGUUGCUUCGGCAGAUGAUCUGGACAACAGUUAUGUCAUCUCUCCACACGUUCGGUCUUUGCAAAGCUAUGUGCCAUCUUAUCCUGCAAAUCCUGGGCUGAAGGAACCGGCUCUGCACGCCCAAUCACCAAGAGCACAUCGAUCGUUUUUCUCAUUUUCAUCGUUCAAGUCCAGAGCAAUUUGAUUCAGAUUCGAGGAUUUGCUGCUGUGCAAUUCACAUUACAAAACUUCUUGGAUCACCUGAUAGGGAAAUCAGUGAUGUUCAGAGUUUAUUGGUUCACACAUAGCGUUGGGGACAACACAACAAUUGGCGCUAUAUAUGAAGCCUGAAUACUGAGCCAUGUCUAAGUUUACUUGCAUGAUACUACUUCUAGUGAAACAAGCUAAGUAUAACAAGAACAUGACCAUCUGUACUAGAAAAUACUCAUAUUAAAAGUACGGAAACCGUAUGCAUAGUUUUUUUUUAACGUAAGUUUAUAAUAUCACAAAUGUGUGGUGCUUUCCAUGUAUGUAUAUUUGAAUAGAAAUAGGUGAUUCAAGAUGCACCUGUAUCAUCUCAGAAAAAAAAAGGUGACCAAAGAUGCACCUUGAAGACUAUGUCAUUGUCCAAAGCAUUAUGCAAUUGCAACCCAAGGAUUUACCA